CGAGGACCCCGAAGCCAAGAUGGCGGUGCCCACGCAGCAGGCGCGCGGCCUGCUGCGGCUGGCGGCGAUCCUGCCCCACAGGUCGCGCGGCUACCGCGCGCCGCCACCCCCACGCCGAUCGCCGGGCCCCUGGUGGCCGGACUCCGAGGACCCACUGACCCCGCACUGGCAGCAGGGCCCGCGCUACGCAGCCAAGCAGUUCGCGCGGCACGGUGCCGCCUCCGGGGUGGCCCCCGGCUCGCUGUGGCCGACUCCUGAGCAGCUGCGCGAACUGGAGGCGGAGGAGCGGGAAUGGCACCCGAGCCUGGCAACCAUGCAGGAGUCUCUGCGGGCGAAACAGCUGGCGAAGGAACAAAAGCGUAGAGAGAGGGAGCAGCUCAUUGCUGAGCGCAUGGCCAAAAUGCCAAAAAUGAUUGAGAAUUGGCGGCAGCAGCAGCUCGAGCGCUGGAAGAAGGUGCAAGCAGACAAAGAGCGCAGGGCCCGCCUGCAGGCUGAGGCCCAGGAACGCCUGGGCUACCACGUGGACCCACGGAGCACACGCUUCCAGGAGCUGCUACAGGACUUGGAGAAGCAGGAGCGAAAGCGCCUCAAGGAGGAGAAGCAGAGGCAGAAGGCGGCGAGGGCUGCUGCCAUGGCUGCUGCCAUGGCUGCCAGCACAGCCCAGGACCCAGAAGCCUCUGGGUGGCCAGCUCCUGAGCUUUCCCAAUAAAGCCUGGUACCCAGCAGCCCCUCCGCA